AUGGACAUUACGGGAUACGCCUUGAUAACCGGGGCCGGCAGUGGCAUUGGGCGAGCCUGCGCCUUGGCCUUUGCCCGCGAAGGCGCCGCGGGGGUGGCCUUUACCGACCUAAACUUUGAGGCUGCCCAGCAGGCCGCCGAGGAAAGUAGGGCUCUCGCCACUCACCCCACCUACCAAGCGGUGGUCAUGCCACUCGAUGUGACCAGCGAAACGCAGGUGGAAGCGGUGGUGACCCAGACCCAGCAAUCCUUCGGGACCAUUGACUACUUGGUCAACUCGGCGGGUAUUGGCGUCCAAGUGGCCGCGGAGAUUGCGGAAGCAUCCCUGACGGAAUUCAUUCGCUUCCUUGACGUCAACGUCACGGGCUCCUUUCUUCUCACCAAGUAUGUCUCGCGCACGAUGAAGGAGCAGGAAGCGCGCCUCGUCAGCGCUCGCAAUGCUCAGCGGGGCUGCACGCGCGGAGUGAUUCUCAACAUGGCAUCCUGUGCCUCCUUCGUGGCGACCCCCGCUUUAACGCAAUACACCACGUCCAAGCAUGCGGUGCUAGGACUGACCCGGAAUGCUGCCCUAGAUAACGCCAAGUACGCGAUUCGCGUGAACUGCCUCUGUCCGUCGUGGGUCGACACCCCGAUGGUUGACCGCGCUGUGAAAGACAAUCCCGACCUCGCGGCGUUGAUUGCCCAGUCUGUGCCCAUGGGACGGAUUGCACAGGUGGACGAGAUCACCGACCUGAUUCUGUUCCUAUGCAGCCCGCGCGCCAGUUAUGUCACGGGGAGCAGUUGGAUUGUGGACGGAGGAACUACCCUCUGUAGCCAUGUUUGA